CUCAAACAUUUGUCGGCAACGAUAAGAUCAUGGAUGAGAAAAUAGCCAUCGCUUGGUGUGAUCUGACCUAUAAAGUCAAGUCUUUGUGGACCAAACGGCCAAAGAUUAUCCUAAAUGACGUCAAUGGCUACGUAAGCUUCGGUACAUUGAAUGCACUGAUGGGACCGUCCGGUGCCGGCAAAACUACACUAUUGAAGUGCAUUAACGGCCAAAUCAAUAGCGCUGGACUCAGUCAUCGAUCAAAGAUAUACAUGAGCUCUGGCGAGAAGAUCAGGGCCUGUCUGAUAGGUCAGAACCAAAAUGAACAGUUGGUUCUCGGGCUGACUGCCCGACAAAAUCUGUUAUAUGCAUCCAAAUUGAAGAACAGCGACAAUGACUUCUUUGUGGAUCACGAGAAAAAUGUCAACCAAUUGUUGUUUGAGUUGAUGACCCGUACGGACAUCGCAGACACACGAGUCGAGAACUGUUCCGGUGGUGAACAAAGACGACUAACCAUUGCAUUGGAAUUGACUUCUUAUAUAAAACCAAACCUUAUUUGUAUCGAUGAACCGACCUCUGGAUUGGACAGUAAUGCCGCAGAAAUGGUCAUUGAAUAUUUGAGACUACUGUCCCGUAAGCACAAUAUAUCGAUCAUAACAUCCAUACAUCAGCCCAAUACCGACGCCCUCCUAAUGUUUGACAAAUUAUAUGUUUUGGCCAAAGGAGGUGUCUGUGUAUAUUUUGGUCCACCCCGACAACUGGAACACCAUCUCAAUCAAUGCCAGAUACAGUGUCAGGAACAUCAGGUGCCCAUUGAGGUGACACUCAAAGUGGCCACACGAGGUGCCGACAAUCGCCAGGUGAUCAAACUGGCCAAAAAAGCUCAGGAAGAUAAUCGGCUAGUUUUGCAUCAAAAAUGCAAAAUAGACACUAAGCUCAGUCCUAAUGGCAUACCAUUUGAGAGCAAAUGUUUCAAUAUGCUGGACGUUUGGUACCUAUUGUUGCGGACAAUGAGACACACCUAUCUAUCCCAUUGGAAAACCCUAUUUAUUCAGCUAUUGUUUUAUAUUUUCUGUCCGCUACUGAUUGCCAAAACAGUCAACUAUAAUAUCGGUCGUCCGGACGGUUGUCUGGAGUAUACAUUCCGCACAAACCAGAGUUGUUUCAAUCAGUUGACCGACGACUCACUAUUGGAUCAGAAUCUUAAAUACCAGGCCUUUACGUCAGUGUUGGUGAUGUUCAUACAGAUAUGUACGACAACAUUGACUUUUACAGCCGAUGUCAAGAUCUUUAUGGGUGAACACAGAAAUAAAUGGUAUAGUACCGGCUCCUACUAUAUGGCCAAAAAUAUCGUUGAAUUAAUCCCAACCAUCAUAUUCUCUAUUAACUAUGCAUUUAUAAACUACUAUAUCAGUGGCCAGUUGUUUGAUAUGACCAGAAUAUUUUUGUACACAUUUAUCAUUAUAUUUGGUAUGCUGUGCUCACAAGGUUUUGGUUAUUUGGUUGGCAUAAUAUGCAUCAAAUCGGAACAGUUGGCUAUUGGUGUGUCCAUUGGUCUCUAUUUGAUGCUCUGUAUGUUUUGCAAUAUAUUUACGCCGCUGAACGAAAUGCCGCAAAUAUUUUUGAUAAUAAGCGAUAUAUCGUUCAAUAAGUUUGUCUUCUACUCUGUACUGAUCAUAAUCUAUGGAUUCGACCGGUGCCCGAAAGGACAGUUGUCUAUAGUGAUGCACAAGUAUACUAUGGUUGACGAUUUGUUUUAUAUAUACGCCAAAUAUUUGGUUAUCUAUGCAAUCAGUCUAAGAAUAUUAGCAUUUAUUGUACUCUACUUUAAAGUCAACACAUUUGUCAAUAGAAGUCUUUUAGUAAGACUGCAAAAAUACGUACGAAAACUACAGUGUUUUCAUUCAUAUAUAAUCAAUGGGUCGGAACCGGAACUGUUAAAAGUACGUAAAAUAUCAACCGUAAGCAACAAAUCGGUUUAUGUUAUCGAUAACGACAUCAUCGGCCAGUUGGACACCACUGAACUGAAUCCAAUGGACCAUAAGUUGUGUAUUGCUUGGAUGGAUUUGACACUAAAAAAUCAAAAACAAUUUUUUAUGACCAAAGAGAAGACUAUUUUGCGCCAAUUGAACGGUUUUGUGGAAAUCGGUACAAUGACGGCACUGAUGGGACCAUCCGGUGCCGGAAAGACAUCACUGUUGAAGUGUCUGAACGGCCGAUACCAGUCGCUGAUGACCGACGACACAAAAAUCUAUUUGAGUAAACACCGCAAAAUAAAAACAUGUUUUAUAUCGCAAGACGUUAGGGAACACCUGAUCAGUGGACUGACAGCCGAACAGACACUCCUCUAUGCGUCCAAACUUAAGAAUAGUGACACUAAACAAAUGGAUCACUUGACUAGUAUUAAAAAUCUUAUGGUUGAUCUGCUCAUCAGCGAUAUUGCCAACAGUAACGCCCAGAACUGUAGUACUGGCGAACAGAAGCGUCUGGUGAUGGCCAUGGAGUUGACUUCAGUUAAUAAGCCUAACCUCAUAUGUAUUGAUGAACCGACCACUGGUCUCGAUAGCAAUGCGGCUGAAGUGGUGAUGAAAUGCUUAAAAAACAUGUCCCGUAAGCACAACAUAUCUAUCAUAACAUCCAUACAUCAGCCUAACUCUGAUGUACUGAUGAUGUUUGACAAGUUAUACGUAUUGGCCAACGGCGGUGUCUGUGUCUACUCAGGUCGACCACAGUUACUCAAACAACAUUUGAACGCUUGCGAUGUCCAGUGCUCCGACAUACAGGUGCCCAUAGAACUGUUGUUGAAGCACGCGUGCAAUGGCUACGAGGAUCAGACAGUAGCCAAAAUGAUGGCCCGAACCGAAUCAGACAAACAGGUACUAUCCAACCGGUGCCGAACGGAAACACUUUUGGCCGCCGACGGCAUUGUAACCAAAUCCAAACGGUUUGCAUUAAUUGACUUCUGGUUUCUACUGUCGCGUAUUAUAACCUACACCUACCGAUACAACUGGAAACUUAUACUCAUGAAAAUAGUGGCCACACUAGUGUUCGGCUAUUCGUUGACAUUGUUUUUCCCGAAAAACAUCGGUCAGCCAACCGGUUGUGUGAACUUUCAAUACGAUUAUCCCAACACUUGCGACAAAUCGGUUCAGAAGCUCGAAGAAGAGUCGCUGUUAUCGCAAAAUAUUAGUUACAAUUUUUUGGUCAUUUUGUUGAUAACGUUUGUCCAGAUUGUGGUCACAACUAUGACAUUCACGUCGGACGUCAAGAUCUUUCUCAAUGAACACAGAAAUGGUUGGUACAGUACUGGUUGUUACUACUGGGCCAAAUGUAUCGAAGAGCUCAUACCUACCAUAAUCACAUUGUUCCUAUACAUCUAUAUCAUCGACAUUUACGAGGGCACCCGAAUAUUUGUCUUUUAUCUAUACUUUCUGACAAUAGGCAUACUAUGCAUACAGAGUUUCGGUCAUCUGAUUGGCAUAAUAUUUAGCGACAACCAGAAGAUUGCUGUCCUAUUUUCUGUAGCCCUUUAUUUACUACUAUUUCUUUUAAGCAACUAUUUUGUUCCCAUCAAUGAACUACACUAUGCUAUCCAAUGGUUCAGUAAUCUGUCGACAUUUAAACUACUGUUUGAAUGCAUAUUAAUACUAUUCUAUGGAUUUAAUCGGUGUUCCGGUAAUGAGUUCUCAAGUGUUAUGUUUGUGUUUGGCUUUCAAGACCAACAGUUUUAUUCAAACAUCAAAAUAUUAGUUUGCAAACUCAUUGUCCUCAGAGUACUGGCCCUUAUUGUCCUACUAAUCAAAGUUAAUCUGCGGCCCAAACGCCACAUUGAGUUUGACGUCAACCCCUAG